GAGGGUCAGAUACCCUCCCCACUUCAUGAGCAGACCAUAGCUAAUGACUCUUUAGUCACCCUGCAGACUCAUCCAGACCAAACCAUGCUUUGUACGUUGGAUGUGUCUGAAGCCUUAGAAGAUUUGGAAAGUGAGUGGUCAAGUAAGGACCCUCGUGAAUCUUGGGUGGCACUAAGGAAAGGUCCUAGAGGGGAACAUUUCGUUGUGGAAGUUGAUGUAGGAGGCCGCAAAUGUGGUGCCUUCAUAGACAUCGGCUCCACGCGGAACUACAUAAGUCGCGACUGUUUGGAAAGGUUGCGCCUACAGGACCGGGUACAGCACCUUACUAGACCUGUAGCAUCUACUUUGGCCAAUAAGGAGCACAUGAUUGUCACAGACUAUAUCAAGGAUGUAGUCUGCACCUUUUCCUAUGGAGGAGGGGAACUUAAUCACAAGAUUUCGUUCCUGGUUAACGACGACUUACCGUUUGAUAUGUUGUUGGGAAUGUACUACCUUGAGGUUGCCAAGCCCCAGUUUGACUGGGACAAGAAGGUGCUAAAGCAUAAGUUGCCUGAUGGAAGAACAGUUAGACUGACUAAGUUCAAAGCCAGUAGUAUAAUCGAUACCUAUGGCUGCUUAUGUGCAUCAGCGUUCUAUAACUAUUAUAAACAGAACCAAGAGGAGGGUGUGUACCUAGUGUAUGUCUCUGAGAAAGGGGUGGCCGUUAAAACACCCCCAGAGAUAGAACACGUCGUUGCUAAGUUCCCUGAUUUGUUUAAGGAACCUACAGGAGUCGUAGAGAGGGAGAUUGUCCACGCCAUUGAAAUCAUUCCAGAGAGUAAAACCCCAAAGGGAAGGAUCUAUAGGAUGGCUCCGGCCGAGUUGGACGAGCUUCGGCGACAACUGAAAGAGCGUACCGAAAAGGGAUGGAUCCGGCCGAGUACUUCCCCCUACGGAUCUCCGAUACUAUUUGUACCAAAGAAGGGGGGUACAUUGAGGAUGUACAUUGAUUAUAGAGGCCUCAAUGCCAUCACAGUAAAGAACGCAGAGCCUCUACCUCGCAUAGACGAGCUAUUGGAUAGGGUGCAGGGAUGUAAGUACUAUAGCAAGAUAGACUUAAAAUCCGGCUACCAUCAGAUUGGAAUAAGACCUGAGGAUCAGCACAAGACUGCUUUUCAGACCAGAUACGGUCUGUAUGAGUUUGUAGUGAUGCCCUUUGGCCUUUGCAAUGCGCCGGGUACAUUCCAGCACGUCAUGAAUAGGAUCUUCCAUGACCACUUAGAUAAGUUUGUCGUAGUCUACCUUGACGAUAUUCUUAUCUUUAGUAAGUCUGUCGAAGAGCAUGCACAACACGUUGAGACUGUACUUUCACUCCUGCAACAACACAAGUAUAAGGUCAACCUAGAGAAAUGUGAGUUUGGAUGCACUAAGAUCUUAUACUUGGGUCAUGAAGUAUCCGCGGAAGGUAUUAGGCCGGAAGAUGCGAAGGUGGCUAGUAUCAGGGACUGGCCACGACCUCAGACUGUUACUGAGGUCAUAUCUUUCUUAGGCAUGUGCGGCUACUAUAGGAACUUCGUAAAGAACUAUUCUACAGUCGCCUCUCCUUUGACUGAUCUAACUCGACUUGACACGCCGUGGGACUGGAGUGAUGAGUGCGAGGCUGCUUUCAAACGAUUGAAGCAUGCACUCAUGAAUCAUGAGGUUCUUAUGGUGCCCGAUCCUCAGAAGCCAUUCAUAGUGACCACUGACGCAAGCCAAUGCGGCAUUGGCGCAAUGCUGGCUCAACAGGAUGAGAAGAAGUUGAGGCCGAUCGAGUACAUGAGCAAGAAAAUGCCAUCAAAGAAACUGGCAAAGUCGACCUAUGAAAGGGAACUUUAUGCUCUCUACAAUGCACUUGUUCAUUGGAGACACUUUCUGUUGGGAAGGUUCUUCUAUUUGAGAAAUAACCAUCAGACCCUCAAAUGGAUCAAGACUCAACCGGCUCUCUCUGAUGCACUCAAGCGAUGGAUUGAGGUCAUAGAUCAGUAUGACUUCAAGCUAGAGUAUCUGAAGGGAGAGUACAACAAGGUUGCAGAUGCACUGUCACGUAGAGCAGACUACCUAGGCGCGCUAGUUUCUGACUUUGGUGUAUCUGAAAAACUAACUCAAUCGUUAGUGGGAGCCUAUCAGGAAGACCCUGUCACGAUGGACAUCAUACGCAAACUUCAGGCGAAAGACAAGGCCACAGAGGAUGAGCUUGUGAUGGUGGACGGGCUUCUCUUUCUUGAUAAGGCCGGUUGUAAAAGAUUAGUGAUUCCAUUUAGUGAAUGUUUGUGUAGUUUGUUUCUAGGAGAAUGUCAUGACGCAACCGGACACUUUGGUUACAAAAAGACGAGUGCUAAUCUAGUACAGCGAUUUUGGUGGUCAGGAAUGCUAGAAGAUGCAAAGAAAUAUGUGGAGACAUGUCAGGUCUGUCAGCGGGACAAGCCACGAACUCAAGCACCGCUUGGGUUGCUAAAGCCCUUGCCUAUCCCCGCUGGUCCAAGACAGAGUGUUUCCAUAGACUUCAUGGACACCCUAGUGACUAGUAAGAGUGGCAAGAGGCACAUCUUUGUCAUCAUUGAUCGAUUCACCAAAUACGCUAAACUAAUUGUCAUGCCAGAGACCGCAAGGACUGACCACGUCAUCAAGUUGUUCAUGGACAACAGGGUGCGUGAUUUUGGUUUACCAAAUUCAAUCGUUAGUGACAGAGAUGUCCGCUUCACAACUCUGGACUUCCUCCUACAUGAAAAUCGAUCCUCUGCAACUCCCAGCACUCUUGAGUAUGGUGUGCAGUAUGAGAAGUUGUUGCAGCAAGUUGUCGAGCACAUCAAGAAAGCUCAGCAAGCAAUGAUCGCUUCUGAGAACAAACAUCGUCGGCAGUCCUCAUUUCAGGUAGGGGAACGUGUCUGGGUCAACGCUAGUGAGCUAGGACAGGAAUUCGGAAUCUCUUGCAAACUAAUGCCUCAGUAUUUUAGUCCAUGGGAAGUCCUGGAUAUAGUUGGAGAUGAGAUGGAUGGUCCUACCUACGUUAUCUGUAUCCCUGGUCAUUUGCGCACCCACCCUGUCUUUCAUGCCUCAAAGCUUGCACCUUUCGCUGAGACAGAUCAGUUCCCUUCAAGGAGAUCGAUGUUGCCCCCAACCAUGGAUGGCCAAGUGGGCAUCGACGACACUGUGGAUCACAGAGACCUGCCUGUUCCAAAGCCACUGGGAAGAGGAAGACCUCCCAAGCCCAAGAGAGAAUAUCGCGUCAGAUUCAGGCAUCAUACGGAUCCAAAAGAAGAUCGGUGGUUUACCAGAGAGGAACUGAUUGACACAGCUCCUCAAGUGGUGGCAGAAUAUGAAAGGAUGUUGAAAGGGAAGGCACCUGCGAAGUAUGGUAAUGGGUACAACCAAGGAUACAACAACAACUACGGGAGGACGGGGUACCAGCAGCGUCCAAGGAACAAUUGGUGGACGGACAACCGCAAAAGGGAGAAAGAUGAAAGGUUCGACAAAGUUUGGGGAUGGUUCUCGAAGGAGAUGGAGAACAAAGAUAAGGAAAGGCGUGCCAAGGAAGAGAAACUGAAAGAGAAGGAGGAGAAGAGGAAACCGCAAGCAGCGGAAGAAGAGCGAGCUAAGGCUAAGAAGGAGAGAGAAGAAUUCGAACAGUCGCUCGAAAGGAUGGUGAAGGAUAAUAUGAAGGAGGUCUGUCAAGAAGUUUUGGGGAAGAAAGCGAGUACGAGCCGCGUAUCCACCGAUGGUUGCGUAAUGGAGGCAAGACGUGAUGACACACGUAGCAACGAAGCCAAAUGCAAGGAACAGGAUGAUCGGUGGCGGCGGGAAGACGCCGCAGCUAGAGAACAAUUGGAGAAACAACGCAUGGAGGAGAUGGAACGGCUCGGGAAAGAUAAUGAUGAUUUGAUAAGGAUGGCGUUUGGCAAAGCCAGUAGGGAGUUGGAUUUUCUGAAGACGAACAAUCAGGCUCUCGUCCAAGACAUUCUUUCUCUGAAAGACGAAGUGGAGGUCUUGAAGCGUGGCAGUAAGCGUAGCACAGAAGCUGUCACAGAGAAGAGUCCACCUAUUGAACCGGCUAAAGGAAAAUCUAGACAAGAAGAUGGCGCUCAGACACCUGCCGAGUGGGCCAAGCUAACGGAGGCCUACAGACACAUUCGAGAUGAGAACGAUAUGGUGGAACGAGAAGUGUCUGCGCUCAAGGACCGAAUCAACCGAAUCAAGAUUACGUCUCCGUCGAGUACGAAGAGGAAACUGGUACUAAGAGGGAGGAGCAAGAGCGGGGCUAGUCCAGCGCACAGGAAUGGAGAUCAGGUGAAAGUCACGUUCGUCAAAAAAGUGGGAGAGGAACGGGAUGUCUUCUUCAAAAGUGUGAACAACGAUCUGUCGAAGUUGCGCAAAAUGCAGCUCGAAACCUUGUGUGCUGAAGAAGAGAUUGACUAUGCAGGAGUAAAGAAAACAACAGCGGAUCUUGCUGACAUCUACACUAUUAGGGCAUUCGAUCGACCCACGAAUCGGAGACUCGUCAGCGACGACGAAGGCAAGUAGCAGGAAGAAGACGAGCACGAGGAGAAUGUGUCUUCCGAUGUGGCGGCAACUUCCACAGACGGACCUGCUAACUCCGAGACUUC